GCCCCGGACAAGCAUGUUGUGGAUCUCGUCUUCCCUGCUGCGGUGAGGUGCCAGGGGGGCUCCAACGAGAGGCGCCAUGGCGGACCUGCCCAUCGCCCCGGGCCAGGUGUACAUCGAGGUGGAGUACGACUACGAGUACAAGUCCAAGGAGCGGCUGGUCAACAUCCAGCAGGGCGACUGCUUCCUGCUGGUGAAGAAGACCAACGAGGACUGGUGGCAGGUGAAGCGGGAGGAGGGCUCCAAGGCCUUCUAUGUGCCCGCCCAGUACGUGCGGGAGGUGCGCAAGGCCCUCAUGCCCCCGCCCAAACCCAUGCACCCGGGGGGGCCCACCGGCCACGCCCGCUCCAAGCCCAGCACCCUGGAGCUGGAGCCCCCCGCGGAGCCGGGCGUGAGCCGGCGCGCGUCGGGCUACCGGCGCUCGCCCCCCUCCCCCACGUCGCCCGGUCACGUGACCCCCCCCGCCCCCCGGAGAGACUCCUCCAGCCACCAGCCCCCCCACAGCCCCUCGGACCCCCACCGGGCCUGGCGGACGGAGCCGGAGGCCCCCCCCCCUCCCAGCACGGCAACAAGGGGAGGAAGUGACACGCUUCCGCGCUCCCGCGCCCGCUCGCCGGACGCCGGCCGGCAGCCGCUGGACGUGGACUCGCCGGGGAGAGCCGAGCGACGCACCAACGACUCGGAGUCCGGAGACGAGCUGAGCGGCAGCUCCACAGAGCACCUGCAGACAAGCUCCUCCCACCAGGCUCGGCCGGACUCCCCCGUCUACUCCAACCUCCGGGACCUGAAGAUCACCCAGGGCCAGCUGCCCGAGCUGCCCUCCGGCUUCCCGCUGCACACGCUGGGCGACUGGGACACCUACCGCGACCACAGCGGCCGCCACUUCUACUACAACCGCUCCACCCAGGAGAGGACCUGGAAACCCCCCCGGGCCCGCGACGCCCCCGAGAGCACCGGGGCCGACGGCCAGGGCACGGGCGACGGCCACACCGAGCCCACGCCCCUCUCUCUCUCGCCGUCCUUCCUGCCCAUGCUCUGUCUCUCCGUCGGCCGCCUGCCGCCGCCGUCCUCCGAGGACGCCAGCCUCAGCGCCUACUCUAGCCAAUCAGACAGCCUGUACGGCUCGCCGGCCUGUGGUUGGUCGGAGGAGAUGGACGCGCAGGGCCAGACGCUGUAUGUCAGCGACUAUAACAACGAGAAGUGGAUAAAGCAUGUUGAUGAGCAAGGCAGGCCCUACUACUACAGCGCCGACGGAUCCAGGUCGCAGUGGGAGCUCCCUAAGCUGGCGGGGGACUCGCUGAAGAGCCGCAGCCUGGACAGGAAGCACGCGGACCCCAUCGUGUUGACCAAGUGGAGACACAGCACCACCUUCCUGGAGCCCAGUGACAAGCGCAUCAUCAAAAAGAGAACCCUCCGUGGUGGAUCUGCCCGCCCCCACCCAUACAAACACCAAGACGCGCCUCCGGGCCUCAAGCCGCCCUCGCCCGACUCCGACUCCGACCCCUCGUCACCCAAGGCCCCCGCCUCCCCCUCAGAGAAGUGUGGAUUGCUGACCGUGACCAAGAUCACAGAGCAUGGCAAGAAAGUCAGGAAGAACUGGACCUCUUCCUGGACCGUUCUCCGGGGAUCCAUGCUGCUAUUCGCCAAGGGCCAAGGGGGCGGGACCAGCUGGUUUGGAUCGGGCCAGUCCAAGCCAGAGUUCACGGUGGACCUCCGGGGUGGCUCGGUGGACUGGGCCUCCAAGGACAAGUCCAGCAAGAAGAACGUCCUGGAGUUGAAGACCCGUCAGGCCACAGAGCUGCUGAUCCAGUCGGAUAACGAGACGGUCAUCAACGACUGGUUACAGACCCUGCAGGAAACCAUCUGCACCCAUGCCUGGGAGUCUGACGAGGCCAUCGAGGAGGACAUGCCGGAGUCUCCCGGGACGGAGAAACAGGACAAGGAGAAGGAGCACCGGGACUCAAAGAAGGGGGUCAAGUACUCGGCCAGCGUGGAAGACCGGGACAACAAGAAGACCCGGCACAAGCUCAAGAAGUUCCUGACGCGUCGGCCCACGCUACAGUCCGUCCGGGAUAAGGGCUACAUCAAAGACCAGGUGUUUGGCUGCAGCCUGGCCGAGCUUUGCCAGAGGGAGAGUACCUCGGUGCCCAGCUUUGUGAGGACGUGCAUCGACCACGUGGAGCAGAACGGGCUGCACGUGGACGGGCUGUACAGAGUCAGCGGGAACCUGGCCAUCAUACAGAAACUACGCUACUCCGUUAACCACGAUGAGAAGGUGAGCCUGGCAGAGGGGAAGUGGGAGGACGUCCACGUGACGGCGGGGGCUCUGAAGAUGUACUUCAGGGAGCUUCCCGAGCCGCUCUUCACCUUCUCCUCCUUCCACGACUUUGUCGGCGCCAUCAAGAAUUCAGAGUACAAACACCGGGUGCAUUCCAUUAAAGAGCUGGUGAAGCAGCUGCCGCGGCCAAACCACGACACUAUGCAGAUGCUGUUCAAGCACCUCCGCAAGGUGAUCGACCACGGGGAGGAGAACCGGAUGACCACCCAGAGCGUGGCCAUCGUCUUCGGGCCCACGCUGCUGCGGCCGGAGACGGAGACCCUGAACAUGGCCGUCCACAUGGUGUACCAGAACCAGAUCGUGGAGCUCAUCCUGCUGGAGUACGAGGCCAUCUUCGGCAAGUAGGAGCCCCCGGAGGAGGGCAGGAAGGGGGGGGGGGGUUCUGGAGCUUAAGAACUGAGCCCUGGCCGGAAUCAGCCAGACACAACCCGGUACGGUCUUCGUCUGGUGUGGCCUGGCUCGAAACUCUUCAUCUCCAGCUUGUCCCCCAGGUCUGUGUGCAAACCCCUUUCGGACCGUGGACCCCACGGAGCUCGUGUGGAGCUGAUGUUUUAGCGGGGGGGGGGGGGAUCCCAGCGACAACCCCGAGGAAUAGAGGCUCUUUCGUUUUCUUUUUUCUUUAGUUUUGCACUCGACAGUGCUUGCAUUUCGUGCCACAUUGAUGCCACUCCGUUUCCUGCUACACUGGAUUCCUUGGACUACAACAGACAAAAAUAAAAAACAAUUUCUCUCUGCUCCUGGAUGAGGCUGAGAGCUGCAGGGGAGAUGUGUAUGUCAG